AUGACUGCCACUGAUUAUUUCGAUGUUGUGAUUGUUGGGGCGGGGCCAUCUGGUCUCAUGGCUACUACGUGGAUGGCUCGGACAGGCAUCAAGACUCUUCUGAUUGAGAAAAAGUCGGGUCGCACUCUUGCCGGGCACGCAGACGGUCUCGAAAGCAGGACUUUUGAAAUAUUGAAUAGCUUUGGCUUUGGUGAAUCAAUAUGGAUGGAAUCGAACAAGACAAUCGAUGUCUGCUUGUGGAGUAGCUCGGGAGGAUACCUUCGAAGGGACAGUGUGUCCCCAAACCAUGAGCCUGGCUUGUCCAGAUUUCAGGAGGCCACUCUGGGUCAGGGGCGAAUAGAAGAGCACCUUCUCAACUUUGUGAAACAACAUUCAAGUGUGAAAAUAAAAUGGGAAACCGUCCCUAUCUCACUGAAAAUUUCCGACGGUAAAUGCGAUGACCCCGGUUCUUAUCCUAUUGAGAUGCGGAAUGACUGCUCUGAAAGGACAAUCCGAGCACGAUAUUUGGUCGGAUGUGACGGGGCUCAUAGCUGGGUCCGGAAACGACUUGGCCUAUUCUUAGAGGGCGAUCAGACCCCCAAUGGGCACUGGGGCGUUCUGGAUUGUAUACCUAUUACAGACUUCCCUGACAUUCGCAAGAGAUGCAUCAUCAAAUCGGAUGCAGGGAAUCUCAUGAUAAUACCCCGAGAAAAGAAGCUUGUUCGCUUCUAUAUCCAAGUAUCUCCUCUAGUUGCAGCUAGAUUCAAAGUCGACUAUCACUCAUCAACAUUGAUAGCGGUUCUAAGGGAUAUACUGCAACCAUACACAUUCAACACUUUGCAUAUUGAAUGGUCCACAAUUUACACAAUUGGCCAAAGACUGUGCAGCACAUUUUCGGUCAUGAAUCGCAUUUUCCUCGCAGGUGAUGCCGUUCACACUCAUUCCCCUAAGGCUGGGCAAGGUAUGAAUGUCAGUAUGCAAGACAGUUACAAUUUGGGUUGGAAGUUGUCCUCUGUUUUGAGGGGCGUCGCCACGUCUGAGAUUCUUCAUACAUACCAGACAGAGCGGCUCCCUGUUGCGGAACGAUUGAUCGCUUUCGACAGACGGAUGUGCUUUGGGAUAUGCUCAACUGAAAAAGACCCAUCUGAAAAUGCCAACGAUAGAUUCUCUAACCUCAGACCGACGCUUUCCGAGGAGAACUCAUGUGCCGCGGGCAUUGGUGUGGUCUAUGGGCCCAGUAUCUUGAUGACUUCAUCAUCCGAUUGUGAUUCUGCUGCAAACGUAGAAGAUACGCAGUCACCUUUCCCCCAAAGCAAGCAUCACCUUGCCACAUGCAUCACUGUCGGUGGAAGAAUGCCCAGUCAACGCGUGCUUUGUCAGAGCGACUCCCGUCCCUGGCACCUCCAGGAUAGACUCGUCAGUACAGGACAAUGGCAUUUGAUCAUUUUCGGGGGUGAUAUAACGGAUGGUAUCCAAAAGACUCGUUUGAACCAACUCACAAAUUCUCUGUCUCACCCAGAGUCUCUGAUCAACUCCAUCAAUCUGUCUGACGGGAGUCCCGUAGGCUCCCUUGCCGCAUACCUGGUUCAUACGGCCCCGCGGGAGAAGGUGGAGUUCAUGGAGCUGCCGGCAAUUCUAAGACCGUUCGACAAGGAGAUCGGCUAUGAUUACUCGAGGGUGUUCGCAGACAAUGCAUCAAGUGGGGAAGGGUGUGGAGAGGCUUACCAAGGUUAUGGAGUCAGCUCAAGAGGCUGUAUGGUCCUGGUGCGCCCCGAUCAACACGUUGCCUUCAUUGGGGCUUUGGAAGAUACCAAUGCUCUCUAUGCGUUCUUUACAAGAUUUGCUGUAACAAAGUGAAGAAAACGGGG